GCAGGGCUGGAGCACUGCUCCAAGCCCCUGCCUGUCCUUAACUGUUCACAGCGAGGUGUCUCAAGGCUCACACGAGGGCUUGAGCCAGCCUUGCCCGGCGGCUUGGCUGGCCCUGCCCCCCCAGAGCUCCUCUGCGGGGGAAGCUUGUGCUGUCUGCCUAGUCUGCAUCCCCUCUGCUCUGCCCUGCAUGGGGCACUUCCCCCAGCCCUGCUUUCCUGCUUAACCCAUGCUUCUCUGAAGGCAUCUUCUUGUGAUGUUUAUUCGUUUUUUUGUUUUUUUUUUUUCCUCCUUUUGUAUUCUUUUGUCAUGAUUAUCUGUUAUUUUGUAACCAGCUGUGGGAUGAAGAGACUCUCCCCCCUGCCCAGGAUUCAGUAGGAACAGAAAAAGUUAUGCAUGUUGAAGUGUUAUUAAGUCUGUAUUCAGAUCCUGGUUGAACCCUCGUUUGAAAGCUUUGAUGCAGGCAAAUCAGAGUUUGUGUGUUUGCUAUUCUGAGGCACUUGGAGCAGUCUCUAGAAGGAAGUGUCCUGAAUGUCAACCUCUUGUAUGUUUCCUAAGGCUUUAUAUAAUAAACCGUUUUAGUGACACUCAUUCCCGUGUGUUUCUCAAGCAGCAGGCACAGGGCAGUACUGCAGCUCCAUGCUCAGCCCUGUCCCCAUUCCUGUCCCCAUAUAGGGGUGGGGCUGAUCCCCCACCACACUCCUACCUCCUCUUACCCAACCCCACCAGCUGUACCAGACCCUCUGGCUGAGGGCAGAGGAAUGGCAGUUCCCUCUCCCUACAGCGACUGCCUGUCUGCCUGUGCCCGCUAUCUGUCUGCAUGACCAGAGCAGCAAUGCUUUGUGGCUGAUCACAGCCCUGUCACUGCUCUGGGUACUGCCUCGCACCCCACUGCACUCAGCAGCUUCCCCAUCCCGCGCCCCACGCUCUGGGCUGAGGGGAGCUUUGCUGGGGAUGUGGCUGCAGGCUCCUCCUGGCAGCCUGCCCCACAGCACUGAGUGCUUGUUACUCACUUUUAUCAGCUGGGGAGCCAGUUGUUCCCCUAACAUCUGAAACUGUUUUCCGCAGAUUCCUUUACGUUUACUAACAGCUGCCACGGCUUCCUGCAGGCUCGCCAGCCCCCGCACCCCACGGGUGCUGCAGCAGGACCACAGCACUGGCUCUGCGCCUGCACACUCCUGGAUCAGCUCCUGCAAACACUAUGGUUUUGUUGCUUUUUUUUUUUUUUUUUUUUUCCCCUUUUUCACAUAAGACUUUUGCUGCUUGUGACCUGUGCCAGGCUCUGGUUUUGCUGCUGUUUGGCCUCAAACAAGGAACGAGCAGCUCAGGCCCUGGAGGUUUCUGGCUGAGCCUGUCCUGCAGCAGCAGCACCACGAGCCCUUGUUUCUGCAGCGCUGUUUCCAGGGAUUAACCACAAAAGGUUUCUGUACAAAGGGCCCCCAGGCUCCUCUUUUACUCAGCCUCAAGAGCCUCACGUUUUUAGCCAAAAAAGGAAAUGACCCAGCUGCACGUAGCGCUGGAACAUCUGGAUUUUAUCCCUGUCAUGAAUGGGUCAUGGCUGUGCGCGGCCCCGUGCCUGAUUUACGGGAGGGGGAGGGUGAUGUCAUGCACAAACCUCCCCUGGGCUCCCGGAGCAUGGUCUGAAGCAGGCACGGAAAUACUCCUCAGCACGCAGCCAGAGGAGCAGGGCCCUCACUGGGAGCCCAGCAUUAACCACGCGCUGAGCUCAGCUCUCCAGGGGAAAAGCUGCCUCACAGAGGGACACGGUGACUCCUGUCAUAUGCUUUUUGGGCUCGCUGUGGGCACCCCUCUCUGCCCUGUGGAUGAGGGCACUCUCUUUCCAGGCAGACUUUUUAGCUCCCUGCUGGCGGUCACCCAUUUCCCAGCUGCAUGCAUGUAUGUACAUGCAGCAUCGGGUCACAGCUCCAGCACAGCCUCUCCUGAGCUCCUAAACCCAGCAUGGACCUGCCCUAGCAGCUCCUGCAGCCCUGCAGGGAUGAGUCUGGAGGUGAGGUGCUGCUGGAGGCUGGGACUUGGCCUUAUUUGUGGUAACAAGCCCAGGACCACUACUGUCCAUCCUGCCUGGGGUAGUGGGGAACCAGAGCUAAAGGUGAACUUUCUCCUUUGCUUCUCUUACAUGAGGUUGGGGACGUGGUUGAGCCCUGCAGGCAUCCUGCAUGCUCCUCCUGGUGUUAUCCCUUCUUCCAGGCCCCCAGCUAAGGUCCAAGAAGGUGGGGAGGCAGCAGAACUCGCAGAGCUAGCUUUAUUCCCAUUGUCCCACCUCUCCUGGCAGGAAAACUGUCCCCACAUCAGCACCAAGCACGGUGGCUGCUCCCACACUGCCUUCCCAGCACUGCACAGCUCAGCCCACAGUCUGCCUCCUCCCAUGGUGCUGCUGGUGGGCAGAGAAGGAAGAAGAGCAGCAUCAGGCUCCUGGUGCACCAAGCUCACAUGGCUGGGGGUCCCCACUGGGUUUCAGCCCCUUACCUUACUGGGGAUGAAGUUUCUGCAAAGGGAAAGGGAAGAAGACCCAAGUCCAAAAACUUAUCUCUGCUUGUAUUUUCAGAUGGGCAUUCAUGAGGAAGAAGUGGCGUACUUAGGGGAAGUCUUUAGUACAAGAGUAAUUAAAGACAGUGUUCCUACCAUCAGUAUCACCCCCUCAGUGCAAUGAAUGUUCCCAGGGCAGGAUCAUCUUUGUCUGCCAUAAUUAAGCCAAUUUUUUUUGUUGUUGUCGUUAUAGCUUUUGGGUUAAAUAAAUGUAUUAUGCAUCAUAGGGAAAAGAA